GGCGGCAGCCAAAGUAGCAUCCAUUUCCCAUGCCCGAAAGUCCCCUGCACUCCUCCUCCUCCGCCUCCUUCCCUGCUCCACCUCCGACACCCGCGCUUGCACUUUCUUAGCAGCCCAUCCUUCCCAGGCAAACUUUGAUGGAGAAUUUCACACCGCGCUGGAAAAAUGCCUGUUAUGAAAGGACUACUGGCACCUCAAAACACCUUCUUGGACACGAUAGCAACUAGGUUUGACGGCACACAUAGUAACUUCAUCCUUGCAAAUGCUCAGGUGGCAAAAGGAUUCCCCAUAGUUUACUGUUCAGAUGGCUUCUGUGAGCUCUCUGGAUAUACACGAACAGAAGUCAUGCAGAAAAGCUGCAGCUGUAAAUUUUUAUAUGGUGCUGAAACAAAUGAGCAGAUGAUGAUUCAAAUUGAGAAGUCACUAGAGGAAAAGGUAGAAUUCAAAGGAGAAAUCAUGUUUAAUAAGAAGAACGGGUCUUCAUUUUGGUGCCUAUUGGACAUUGUCCCUAUUAAGAAUGAAAAGGGGGAUGUAGUUCUGUUUCUGGCUUCUUUCAAGGAUAUCACAGUUACAAAGGUGAAGCUUGCACAGGAGGAUAAAAAAGAAGAAAAAUUCAAAGGAAAAGGAAAAGCAGGAUCACAUUUUGAUUCAGCACGCAGACGGAGUAGAGCUGUCCUUUAUCACAUCUCUGGACACAUACAAAGAAGAGAAAAGAACAAAUUAAAAAUUAAUAAUAAUGUUUUUGUAGAGAAACCAGCAUUUCCAGAAUAUAAAGUUUCAGAUGCAAAAAAGUCCAAAUUCAUACUUUUGCAUUUUAGCACUUUUAAAGCCUGCUGGGACUGGCUUAUUUUAUUGGCGACGUUUUAUGUUGCCGUGACUGUACCUUACAAUGUUUGCUUUAUUGGCAAUGAUGAUCUACCUACAACUCGAAGCACAACUGUCAGUGACAUUGCAGUGGAAAUUCUUUUUAUCAUAGAUAUUAUUUUAAAUUUCCGAACAACGUAUGUCAGCAAGUCUGGCCAAGUAAUAUUUGAAGCAAGAUCUAUUUGUAUCCACUAUGUAACUACCUGGUUCAUCAUUGAUUUAAUUGCUGCACUUCCUUUUGAUCUACUUUAUGCUUUUAAAGUCAAUGUGGUGUCCAUUGUUCACCUUCUCAAGACAGUGCGAUUGCUGCGUCUUUUACGUCUUCUUCAGAAGUUGGAUCGCUAUUCCCAGCACAGCACUAUAGUUCUGACGCUUCUUAUGUCUAUGUUUGCAUUGCUAGCUCAUUGGAUGGCUUGCAUUUGGUAUGUCAUUGGAAGGAAAGAGAUGGAAAAAAAACCAUUUAAUUGGGACAUAGGUUGGCUUCAUGAGCUGGGAAAACGUUUGGAGGCUCCAUACUAUGGCAAUACUACAUUAGGAGGCCCACCACUCAGAAGUGCCUAUAUAGCUGCCCUCUACUUCACACUUAGCAGCCUCACCAGUGUUGGGUUUGGCAAUGUUUCGGCCAAUACUGAUACCGAAAAGAUUUUCUCCAUUUGUAUAAUGCUGGUUGGGGCUUUGAUGCAUGCCUUGGUGUUUGGUAAUGUGACUGCUAUUAUUCAACGGAUGUACUCCAGAUGGUCUCUUUAUCACACACGAACCAAGGAGAUGAAGGAUUUUAUAAGGGUCCACCACCUACCACAGCAGUUAAAGCAAAGAAUGCUUGAAUAUUUCCAAACCACCUGGUCUGUCAAUAAUGGAAUAGAUUCACAUGAGCUUUUAAAGGACUUUCCUGAUGAGCUGCGCUCAGACAUCACCAUGUACUUGAACAAGGAGAUUCUGCAGCUGUCCCUUUUUGCGUGUGCCAGCCGUGGUUGCCUCAGGUCUCUGUCUCUGCAUAUCAAAACCUCCUUUUGUGCUCCUGGGGAGUACCUCCUCCGGCAGGGAGAUGCCUUGCAGGCUAUCUAUUUUGUGUGCUCAGGUUCCAUGGAAGUUCUCAAAGACAGCACGGUGCUGGCAAUUCUAGGUAAGGGGGAUUUAAUUGGAGCAAACCUCUCAAUUAAGGACCAAGUGAUUAAAACGAAUGCAGAUGUGAAAGCUCUAACCUACUGUGACCUCCAAUGCAUUAUUCUCAAAGGACUCUUUGAAGUGCUGGAUCUUUACCCAGAAUAUGCGCACAAAUUUGUUGAAGAAAUUCAGCGGGAUCUCACAUAUAACCUUCGGGAAGGCCAUGAAAGUGAUGUAAUUACAAGAUUGUCAAACAAGUCUUCAGUCUGUCAGGCAGAUUCCAAAGGAAAUGGCAGUAUAAACAAAAGGCUUCCAUCAAUUGUGGAGGAUGAUGAUGAUGAAGAAGAAGUAGGAGAAGAGGAAGCAGCUACUCCAGUCCACACAAGAAGCACAAAUUCCUCCCAGCAGAAGAAGUCAGGAAGCAAUAAAAGCUAUCUUGGGAUAAACUUGAAACAGUUGGCUUCUGGAACUGUGCCCUUCCAUUCCCCUAUCCGAGUCUGCAGUGCAAAUUCAUCAAGAACCAAGCAUGAAACUGAACUCCAUUACUAUUCCAAAAAGAAAGAGAAGAACCUCAAGCUCCACUUUACAUCACUCAGCAGUGCUGUUCCUCCAGACCUCAGCCCUAGAGUUGUGGAUGGAACAGAAGAUGGCAACAAUAAUGAGGGAAGCCAGACUUUUGACUUCAGCUCUGAACAACUCCGACAGGAUUCCAGAGCAUCUCCUACCAUCGGGGAGACAGAAGUUGGUUCUGCUGUAUUAGUCAUCAAAGCAGAAGAAACAAAACAACAGAUCAGCAGGCUUAAUAAUGAGGUCACUGCUUUGACUCAAGAGGUCUCCCAAUUAAGUAAAGACAUGAAGAAUGUGCUGCGUCUACUGGAAAACCUCUUACGGGCACAGAAGUCCCCAGAAUCCUGUAUAGGACAUGGCACAGCCAUCAGCCCUGGUAGGGAAAGCUUACAAAGUAGAAAGACUUGGACUACAUAUCAAUCGAAUGUCACUAGCACCAAAACACAGCUCUGCCAUUCCAACACAAUAGCUGGCUUCUGGAAAAUAAAUUCAUCUUCUGCAGGUAGUAGCCCACAAAGAACUGAAACCCACAUUCAAAAUUCAACAGAUGGUGAAUUUUAUUAUACUUCAGGCCUUGACUAUUCACCCUCCAACUACCAUGCCGUCCCAAAAGACCAUUUGCAGUUUGUCAGCUGCACCUCUCCACAUUCGGACAACACAUUGACUCCUCUCCAGUCUAUUUCUGCCACUCUCUCAUCCUCUGCGUGCUCUUCAUCAGAGACGUCCUUACACCUAGUGUUGCCCAGCAGAUCCGAGGAAGGUAGCUUUAGUCAGGGGGCAGUCAGUUCACUAAGCCUUGAGAAUCUGCCAGGAUCUUGGGACUUGGAAGGAACUACAGGAGCAGCAUCUGCCCAGUCCUCAGAAGAUUUGCCUCGAGACAUUAAGGCAAGCGCAGUGGAUCUUAAAGACUGCAAAGCCAUAAAUGUAUAACAAAACCAGUAUAUGGUAUUUUCAAGCAUGCACCGCACCUGCCAGCUGUAAACUUACUCCAUUAUUGCAUGACAUUUUGCCUUUUCUCUGAUGCUCAUGGAAAUUUUGCAGAUGUGAAAAUUUACACCAAUAGAAGGCCACCAGAUAGGGAAAGGUUUAACUGUUCUGUAUGAAAGGAAGAGUUUCUUGGAUUUACAAAGCACACUGCAAAAAGCCUUUUAGAGACAGAUGUAUCUUAAUUGGGCUUCACAACAGACUUUUGUGAUACUCUGCAGCUCCUGAGGGACAAAGUGGCAGAACACCCAGGACAAAAGAGCUUUGGCACAGGAAGGCUUUGUUGUGUGUAGCAAAGGCUAUCCCCCCCCCCCCUUUGUGCUUGGUUGUUGUUUCCAAACAAUAUCCAUGGCACUGUUGGCUUCAAGUCAUCGGGGUUCCUGCUGGUGUUUAUGUUCAUGCUGUGAAGGUAAAGGGACAAUUACCGCUGCAUGCCCUCUCCUUGACAAUCAACCAAAUAGAGCUGAUAGAGAGUGGUUAAUUGUUGCACGUUCUUUAUUAUGAAAAUCAGAUCUCUUUAUCAAAAAAAGGCUAUUUUUAUAUACUUGGUAAGAAAUAUGUAUUUAAAAUAUUUAUAAAGGAAA